AUGUAGGCUGGAUCCGAAAAAAUGACCCAAUAUAGAUGUGUUAUUAAUAUUACUUGAUUGCCUUUAAUGAAACAUGCAAUGUUAGUAAAUAAAAGGGCAGAUUAAGGUACAAAGGACAAUAGGAUCAUGUUUUAAUAGUAUAGAUACAAAUAACAUUUAUAUAAAUAUAAAUAAUAUAUUGUAUAGAUUGUUUUUAAUUCUAUCUUUCUUUUUUAAAUAUUUUAGAAUAUAUUGAUGUUAUUUUAUCAUUUUACACUUAUAGUGUAUUUACAUUUACUGUACAUAUUUUUGAUACACCAUUUAAUCAUAUAAAGUUAACAUUAAAUUUGUACUUUUAUAAUUUAAUCAAUACAUAUGAUACUAUAAAAUCAAGUAUGUUUCUUAUUUUUACAUACAAAUAUAUUUUAUAAUAUGUAAAUCGAAAAUGUAAGAUUUCUUUAUUAAUAAAUUUAUGGUUAGUUGGUGUAAUUUUUCUAUUUUCUAUGUCAUGUAAAAAGAAAAAAAGAAAAAAAAAAAACUUAAAAGACCAGGCGUAUGCAACUUGUUUCAAGGGUUUGGUCUGAGUAACCCGAAGUGGCAUCCUCAUCAAAUCAAAUCAAAAUUUGACUUGGUCCUGGGAAACCCUCGUCUCGAUUUCAGAUAUUCGUAUUCCUGGUGAGAGACGAUGAGUUCCAAAAAGGCUGAAGGCUCGUCUUCUCCGGCAACUCGAAGGGACCCUUACGAGGUCCUCUCCGUAUCAAGAACCGCCUCUGAUCAAGAAAUCAAAUCCUCUUACAGAAAACUUGCUCUAAAGUAUCAUCCAGACAAGAACGCCAACAACCCUGAUGCUUCCGAGCUUUUCAAGGAAGUCGCAUAUUCAUACAGCAUCUUGUCUGAUCCUGAUAAGAGAAGACAAUACGACAAUGCAGGCUUUGAGGCCAUUGAUGCUGAUGGAAUGGACAUGGAAAUUGACUUGUCUAACCUUGGAACCGUUAACACCAUGUUUGCAGCUUUAUUCAGCAAGCUAGGUGUGCCUAUCAAGACUAGUGUAUCUGCCAAUGUUCUCGAAGAGGCUAUGAACGGCACUGUUACUGUUAGGCCCCUUCCUAUUGGAACAUCUGUUAGCGGCAAGGUUGAGAAGCAAUGCGCUCACUUUUUUGGAGUGACGAUAAGUGAACAACAAGCUGAGUCAGGUGUGGUUGUUAGAGUUACCUCAACGGCACAAAGUAAAUUUAAGUUACUUUAUUUUGAGCAAGAUUCAAGUGGCGGCUAUGGAUUGGCCUUACAGGAAGAGAGUGAGAAAACAGGCAAGGUGACGUCAGCUGGCAUGUACUUCUUACAUUUUCAAGUGUACAGAAUGGACUCUACUAUCAAUGCGUUAGCUGUAGCCAAAGACCCUGAAUCUGCUUUCUUUAAGAGACUGGAAGGUCUUCAACCUUGUGAGGUUUCAGAACUGAAAGCUGGCACUCAUAUAUUUGCAGUUUAUGGUGAUAACUUUUUCAAGACUGCAUCCUACACAAUGGAGGCACUCUGUGCCAAGACCUACGAGGACACAACAGAGAAUUUGAAGGAGAUUGAAGCUCAGAUUUUAAGAAAGAGAAACGAUCUGCGGCAGUUUGAAACUGAGUACCGAAAAGCUUUGGCGCGGUUUCAAGAAGUAACCAACAGAUAUACACAGGAGAAGCAAACGGUGGAUGAACUGCUAAAGCAACGGGAUUCAAUCCAUUCCUCUUUCUCUGUGGUGAAGACACCAAGCGGUAGCAACUUGAGCAAUGGAAGUAGCAGCAAAGCUCAAGGAGAUGAAUCUAAAGGAGAUGGGGAUAGUGUGGGUGAAGAAGGGGGAUCAGAGAGUAGAGACAAAUCGAAGAGAAAAUGGUUCAACUUGAACCUAAAAGGAUCUGAUAAGAAGGUUGGUUGACCUCACUUUAAACGCAGAUUUGUUGUGUGUCAUUGUUUUAUUCGUUAAAACAGAUGUGUCCCUGGGGGGGGGGGGGUUGCUCUAUGUGUAGGCAUAUAUAUAUAUAUAUAUGUUCAUCAGAAUGGUUUGUUGAUAGAGAGAUGCAAAAAGCUCAACUUGAUGGUGGUUUUGAAAUGUAUGCAAAUGCAUCAUUGAUUCAUUGUUUGUAACAUUUAUUAUUGAGACCUGUCAUUGUUUCAACACUUCCCUAUAGUUAUUUAAAUUGUACU